GUAGUAGCUACUAAUACAAAUAAAUAUACAAGUAUAUGCAUGUACAUAUAUCGCGUAUACGAAGCGUGAACUCGCAAAAUAAUAAAACGUUAACAAUUACAGUGAAACUAACGAAAAUUUGUCACAACAAAUUUGUACGAUGCUGUAGUUGAUUUGCAUAUAUAAAUUAAAGGAUGUCAGCGUGGUGCAAAAGGAUUAUUGGAUAACAACAUUGGAUAUGAACAUGGACUUUGAAUUUCCGGAUUUGUCUCGCCCAGAUUUUAUGGAUGGCAUUGACAAUGAGGCGCUCGAUCUUUUUAUGCAGGCCGCCGGCGUAGGUCUGGAUGAUCCAACGACAACGCACAGCAGCAACCACAAUCACAGUCACAACGAUGCGCUGGAGCACACAGCAGUGGGCGUGGGCGUGGGCGUGCCCAUGGGCGUUUCAAAGCUGGAGUCACCGCAUACACCGCCCAUGAAUGUGCUGGAUGCACAGCUAACGGGACGCGUGAGUGCAAUGGCCAUGCCGCUGUCACAUUUGCCGGAGAGUCCGCCAGAUUCGGGCUCAGAGCCCGCCUACAGUCCGCUGGGCGAAUCGCAUGUGGUGGGCGUGCCGCUGGCCAGCCGUGAAAUGAUCUACACGGGCUUGGUUAACAUGCAACAGCAACAGCAGCAACAUUUGCCGUCAGAGCUGCAAUUCACAGCGCCAGCACAAGUACAGGGACAACAUCAGCAGCAGCAGCAGCAACAGCAACAUCAACAUCAUCUACAGCAGCAUCAGUUUGUCGCCCCAACGCAGGAUGUGCGUGUCAAGCACGAAGGUUUGAUUAUGAACGCCAGCAACUUGCUCUGUGAGCAACAGUUGCUGCCACAACAGCAGCAACUGCAACAGGAGCUGCAGUAUCAACACUACGAUACGGGCUUGUACACAAGUGGCAGCUAUCAGAGUCUCAACGCCAUUGGCAACUGCAUGCUGACCUCCAGCUUGGGCUUGGGCGAUCGUGUGCAAGUCAUUGGCACCAGUCAGCUGUCGCUGAAUCGCAGCUCCACGCCCUCCACGCCGGUGCAUUCGCUGUCGCGCAAACGCAAGUUGUCCACACAGCUGGACUGUCCGGAUUUUGCGCCCAAACAUGCGGAUGCGGGUUUGCUGAUGAGUCCGCUGCGCAGCUCACAACACUCGCUGGCCCAAGUGCAUGCGCAGCCGCCGCCACCGCUCGAACUGGAGCCAGUCAAGACACCCGCGCAUUCCACACACUGCUCCGCCUCCGUAUCGCCCGCGCUGUCCGGCAUCAACUCGCAGGCGGACAACAGCUUGGAUGGCCAAACCAAUGGCAGUCAAACCAAUGCGGGCUCCGGCAGUGAAGCUGGUGAUCCAGCCCUAACGCAAUGCAUACGCUUCAAUCCAUUUCAAAUGGAGAACUGGCACAAGCUCUGCGACCAGAGUCUGCAGGAGCUUAACGUCAUUUAUUAUCGCGUCGAUGCGGACAAGGGUUUCAAUUUCAGCGUCUCGGAUGAUGCGUAUGUCUGCCAGAAGAAGAAUCACUUUCAGGUCACGUGCCAUGCGCGUCUGCAGGGCGAUGCGAAGUUCGUGAAGACACCGUCCGGGCUGGAGAAGAUCAAAUCCUUCCAUUUGCAUUUCUAUGGCGUUAAGUUCGAGGCGCCCAAUCAGACCAUACGCGUUGAGCAGUCCCAAUCCGAUCGCUCCAAGAAGCCAUUCUAUCCCGUACCUAUCGAUCUCCAGAGCCAUAUUGUUAGCAAGAUUACAGUGGGUCGCUUGCAUUUCUCGGAGACGACCAACAACAAUAUGCGCAAAAAGGGUCGCCCCAAUCCCGAGCAGCGUUUCUUUCAGCUUAUAGUGGGUUUGCAUGUGCACACCGCCUCCGGCCAUUUUCCAGUUGUUAGCCACGGCAGCGAACGCAUCAUAGUGCGCGCCUCCAAUCCGGGACAAUUCGAAUCCGAUGUGGAUCUUUGCUGGCAGCGCGGCAUGACGCACGAUUCCAUUUGUCAUACUGGACGCGUGGGCAUCAAUACAGAUCGACCCGAUGAGAGUUUGGUAGUGCAUGGCAAUCUGAAGGUAUCCGGCCACAUAGUGCAGCCCAGCGACAGUCGCGCCAAGCAGGAAAUUGCCGAACUGGACACCUCAGAUCAGCUGCGCAACAUGUGCAAAAUACGCAUCGUGCGCUAUCGCUAUGAGCCGGAGUUUGCAGUGCAUUCCGGACUGCGCAGAGAGAGCGAUACGCGUGAGAUUGUGGACACCGGAGUUAUAGCCCAGGAGGUGCGCGAGGUUAUACCAGAUGCAGUGCAAGAGGCUGGCAGCGUCGUCCUGCCCAAUGGCAAUGUCAUAGAGAAUUUUCUGCUCGUCAACAAGGAUCGCAUAUUGAUGGAGAACAUAGGCGCAGUGAAGGAGCUUUGCAAAAUGACCGGCUCGCUGGAGACGCGCAUUGAGCAUCUGGAGCGUGCCAACAAUAAUCUGCAUAGUCAACAGCUGCGCGCCAAGGAUUUGCUGGAGCCACGCUGCCUGCUGCCGCCGUCGACAGCGUCGCUGCGUUUGCCGCACACAGCGCAGCGCAGCGAUGGCUACGAGAUCUGCUCCAGUCGUCUGCUGCAGAUACUCAUCUUUCUGCUCAUCAUAGUUAUGGCUGCCUGCUUGGCUGCUGUUAGCACUUUGUACUUUGUGGAGCACAACAAGCAGCAACAGCAUCUGGAGGCUCAUCCGCACUUUCGAACUGAAAGCCGCGCCAGCGCUGUGGAUGAGCUGCAGUUCAAUUUGCAUAAUCUAUUUCGCAAUCGCACGCAUCUGUUGCUGCCGAGCGUUUAUUAUGCCAGCAGCACUACACGUCCGCCGGCUUGGCGUGCUGAGGAGGAGCUACCAUUGUCAGCGCCGCCGGAGGAGGAGCAGCAGCAGGAGCUGAGCGCUGUCAUGAGCAAUCCGCUGCUGCAGCUGCCGCUGCCCAAGCUACACAGUCGCAUUACCACCACAGCACCACGCACCAGCAACAACAACAACAAGACGCUAAGCAGCAAAACCAACAAGUCCAAAUGGCCGCUGCCGCAGGAAGUGCUGCGUCAGGUUAGCAGCAAUGUAGGCGUGGCACAAAAGCUGCGCAACAAAAACUUGACGCACCACAAUCAUAACUACAAUGGCUCCUCCAGCUCAGCAGUAGCCGCCAGCUCUUCGGAGCCGCCAGCUGGUCUGCACUUGUCGCAAGAUUUUGAAAACAAUUCCAUUGACAUUGACGCGCAGCUGCGUGAGCGCGAGCAACUGCAGCCACCACGCAAGCUAGAUGAGCAUAUCGUUGUCGUCGGCACCAUUGCCAGCACUGUGGUGGAAAGCUCGCCGCCUGUCGCUGGUCAAGCCAUACGCAAGCUCAAUGCUGGCGAUGCUGCCAUCUAUAAUGUCUACAAAACUGUUUCACCGCCCACAGCCAAUCUCGCCUUGACCACCAACAAAGUGAGCACAGAGCAAUCUCGUGCUGUGCCCAGCGUCUCCUUAGACCUGCCAGCGCCUGUUACAGUGCGUAAUAGCAGCGGCGCCAGCAAGGAUAAUGCUGAUGCGCUGGAUUUGCAGAAUUUAAGCAACACCAAUGAGUCCGAGUCGGUGGAUAAUCCCAUAACAGCGCUCUUUGGCUUUGAGUAUGCGGGUUUGCGUGACUCCAGCGUAGGCAGACGUUCGGCCAAUCAGCGUAGUCUGGAAUGGAUUAAGCACAAAAGUUUGCGCACGCCGCUGUUUGGACAUGCGCCGGAAUGCACUGGCGCUGAGUCCACCAAUGACAAUUGUCAAUCUGCCUGCUAUGAGGAGCUGCCUGCAGCGCCUGCUGCUGCAGACAAUCUGGAUGCCAAUGUGCAGCAGCCGCAUGCUGAGGAGCAGCUGCAGUCCGCCGAGCAGGAGCAGGAUGUAGACAUGCCCGUUUUGCAGUCCCAAACGCAUAACAACGAUAGUGCCCAUUUAGCUGUGCCUGCAGCUGCGCCUGCGCCACGUGUUUAUCACGGCAAGAGCUCACAUAAUACAGCUGCCAAGUCCAAGCAAUACUCCACCGAAGUGGAGCAAGAUGCGCCUGUGGGCAAAGCGGAUACAAGCACAGCUGUGCCGCUGCCGCUGCCAUUGGACUGUUGGAGCAUCUCAAGCUGUGUGCUGGCAGCACAAUUCAAUCACAGCAUAGAUGAGGCGCAGUUUUGUCCCAGCACUGGUAGCUCGCUGAAUUUAAGCUACGUAGUGCCAGUGUCGCGUUAUUUGCACGCAGCUAGCCUGGAGCUGCACUUUAGCGCCAACAAGCCGCUGCAGUGGUCCAUUUGCAACGAUGAACAGCCGUCCAAGUCAAGCGCAGGUGCACAGCUUGCCGAGGAUGAGGAUGAAGCCGCGCCCAGUAGCUGGCUCAAGGUGCUCAAGCAACAGGGCAACAAUAAGCUGAUACUCGCCUUGGAUAUGCCCACACGUGGUUACUUUUUGCGCGAGUUUAUGCUGCGCGCCAGCACUGAUCUGGAACAACAAAAACUUUGCGAUGACAAUGCGCAUGUUGCCAACCCUAUACUCCAGUACAACUUUAGCAUUGUAAGAGAUUGUGAUUAGUUAACAAUUUUUAAUUUAUGGCACGCUUGAUGGACGACUUGAUGAUGAACAGUAGCUAAAAUAAACCAAGCAUUAACAUUUAU